AUGCAUCGAGUCCCUCUCUCCCCGGCCGAGUACUCGAGCUGGUCCGUGCAUUUCGCUGCCACAGGGGUCCAUCCCACAAAAUCAAUUUUCCAUCCAAAAAAGCCCACGAAAGUCUCACGACAGCAACCACUCAAUCCGACCAGACAAGACCCCCUUCGUUGUCGCCAAUCCCCCCCGAAAAAUACCGCCAAGAUGCCUCGCGAAAUCGGUGAUAUCAAGCAGUUCAUUGAGAUUGCCCGGAGAAAGGACGCUUCCUCCGCUCGCAUCAAGAAGAGCACCAAGAACUCCCAGAUCAAGUUCAAGGUCCGCUGCCAGCGCCACCUCUACACCCUCGUCCUCAAGGACUCCGACAAGGCCGAGAAGCUCAAGCAGUCCCUCCCCCCUCAGCUCCAGAUCAAGGACGUCCCCAAGAAGAACCCCAAGGGCAAGUCCUCCGCAUAA